AUUCCAUCAGCUGGAUCUCCGUGAUCCAAACGCGGUUGAUACGAUAUUCAGAAGACUAUUCCUUCGGUCGGGAACAUAAGAUAAAAUUAAUAAGAGGACAUUCAUUCAUCUACUCAAGAUGUUCAGUCGACGAUUUGAGCCAGCCGCGAAUAAGAGUUUUUCCAAGACUCAUAAGGUCAACAAAUCCAGUUCGUCUUUCAGUAAAAGUAGCGGAGUCUCUAAGAGCCGGCAUGAACCCCGUCAACAUCGCCGCCCGGCGACUGCGACAUCUUCAAAUGUGCCUAUGGAAACAUCCCUCUCACCAACUGGCACGUUGACCCCUUCCAUCGUCACUCUGGUCAUCGGUAGUGACCAACGCAUCUUCGCUGCCCACGAAGAUGUUCUCCGCGCCUCGUCGUGGUUCCAGCAAGCCUUAUCGAACCAGUACAUGGAAGGCCAGAACUCCAAACGCAUACAUCUUCCAGACGAGGAACCCGAGAUCUUCUCGUCCAUCCUAGAAUACCUAUACAAAGGCGACUACUACCCUCGUCUAAUCCAUAACAAGCGUCGGAACUCGUGGGAGAUUGAGCAGAUUGAAGAUGACGAUCGUGGCUCGAAAGAGUCAACCGUCUACCACCACGGUGUCGAUGGCGACGUUCUCAAGGACACCGUCAUUUAUUGCACGGCCGACAAGUAUGGUCUUGAGGAACUCAAGCGGGUCGCCUUGCGCAAACAGGGUCUUCAGUCUGGUAUUCAGUGCAGCACCAUCCUCGCAUCGGCACGUUACGCAUAUGCCAACACGCCAGACUCCGACUCCAAGUUGCGAGCACAUUACCUCGCUCUCAUUAUCCGGAGCCGUAGUACCUUCAAACGAAGCGGCACCAUGCAGCUAGAGAUGUUCAACGGCGGCACACAGCUCUUCUUCGACCUUUUCGUGGCCUUAUGCAACCACGUCGACGACAUUUCCAGCACUCAAAACACACCCCGAAGCAACCGUCACUUCUUCUAAUGUACUUCGUCUUAGUCGUCUUAAUCUCCCCAUCUCAUCGUCAUUUUUUAUUACCUAUUUUAUUCCACUCGGAUCCCAUCACAUUAAAACAACCUAAUGAUCAACGUCUUCCUAUUCCUUUUGUACUUCCUAUCACCGCGUUCUGAAAGAUUUUGGGGGUUCGGUUCGGGGCACAACAGCGACAAAUACCAUAUCAGAGGCGUUCAGGAUUUUCACAAUGGAUACUAUCAUAUUUUCUUUUUCUUUUUCGGUCAACUCUUGUAUCAUUACAAUCCUCGCGACAUAUUGGUGCGGCGAGGAUAUCAGAGAACCAUGCUAUGGUGGAUUGAUGG